AUGCCUAAAGAUUCAUCACAGCCUCCACCAACGAUUGUCAGCGAACAAAUUCUUCGCAAAAAAGUUCGUCAAAUUGUCAAUGAACACGAUGAUGAUAAUCCAGUAUCAAUGAAAGCAGUACGUGAAAAAUUGGAGGAAGAUUUAGGAGUUUCUCUUUCGUCACAAAAAGAUGCACUCAAGAAAAUAUUGCAAGAAGAAGUCAAUCGUGCUGAGGAAGAAGAGGAAGAAAAAAAGAGAACUCACUCCGAAGUUGCAUCAUCAACGAGUUCCGAUGAACCAGUCACCAAGAAAUCGAAACAAGAAUCAUCAGCUCCGAAAUAUGUAAAAGCUGAUAAUGGAGAUUAUGUCAUCAUGUUUACUGGAAAAAAGAGAAUCACAGUGAAUACAUAUAGAAGACAGAAAUAUGUACACAUUAGAGAGUAUUAUGAAGAUAAGCCAACAAAAAAGGGUAUUGCCAUGAGUCAGGAUGAAUGGGACAAAUUUAAAGAAUAUAUUGAUACCAUUGACGAGAUGAUGCGAUUAAAUUGA